AUGGACCCGGUCUCUGUAGCCUUCGCGUCUGUUUCCAUGGCUGAGCUGUGCAUCAAGUAUAAAAAUGCCGAAAAAGAGUUGCAACAAAUCAUUCUGGAAAUCGAGGGUUACUGGUUGAAGAUAGAAGACCAGGUUACUUUCCUCAAGGACCACUGGAGCUCUCUGGGUGAGCGCUACCAGGUACACCAGAACCAAGUCCUCCAGGAACUUCAAAGCACACUACAAAAUGCAAUAUAUGUCCUCGAUAACCUCCUCGGGAAACCCGAAGAAAUCUCCAAAUGGCAGAAGCUAGUUUCAAAGCCAGGAGAGCCAAGCCGUGUCAGAUACGUUCUCUAUGCGAAAACCUCACUUGAUCGCAUCAUUAUUCAGCUGGAGCGAUGGCAUCGUCAGUUUGACCCUUCGUGGUUUUUGUUGUCCCGCAUGUCCGACUCAAUUCUCAGUCGAGAUUUCGAGAGCAGCAGAGAUAGCGACAGCAGUGCCAUUUCGACCAUUGCGAAAUUGCGCGAAGCACACGAAGAAAGUCAAACGAUGCUGAUGCCAUCCCCAUCAUCUUCGGUCUUUCUCGGAAAGGACUAUGAGCUUAGAGAUAUAGAGACGAUUCCGUUGGGGCACUCCUCGAUGGGUCUGACUGAGGAUGGUAGACGGGUCAUCGUGGAUCAUUAUUCUUUGCGCAACGCAGUGGAUCUCAACACCGCUAAAAAGGACGUCCGCGAUCUAGCCUCGAUACUUUCAAAGGUUGAUCCAUCAUUCUCAUCUCUCCUUCCCUGCGAGGGGGUGAUCAGGACGGACAACCCUUCAGAAUCUGAAUCUCAUUUUCGCAUGAUCUUCACUAUUCCACGGACCCUGAGCUAUAGUACUCCGUCCAGUCUCCGGUCUCUCCUGCUGCAAAAGAACCAAUCCUAUGAGUUGAACGAGCGUGUUCAUUUGGCUGUUUCCCUAGCCCGAUCGGUUGUCUUCCUCCACGCAUCACGCAUCGUCCACAAGAACAUCACUCCGGAAAAUAUUAUUCUACUUCAAUCCAAGGGGGAGAACCUUGGAACCCCAUUUCUCGUGGGGUUUGAGCGUUUCAGAUUUGACGAGCGGCGAACAAAUAUGAUGGGGGACGACAAUUGGGAAAAGAACCUAUACCGCCACCCCCAACGACAAGGUUUGCAACCCGAGGAGGUAUACAAGAUGCGCCACGAUAUCUACAGCGUCGGGGUGUGUCUGCUGGAAGUUGGGCUAUGGAGCUCAUUCGUCCAAUACACUGAAAAUAACCAGGUGGCUGGACCCGACUCGGAGCUUCCGAUCGACAGUUUGGUUGGGGAGAAAAACAAGCGCAGAGCCGCUGCAGAGAUCAACGCAAUCCUUGUGGAGAAGGCUCGGUCUACUUUGCCACAGCUCAUGGGCAAAAUAUAUACGGAUGUUGUCGUAUCGUGUUUAAACUACCUCGAUCGAGACAACCCACUCUUCUCCUCGAAAAGUGAUUUCGAGGAUGAGGAUGGAAUCACAGUCGGUGUGAAAUAUAUUGAAAAGGUAGGCAUUACUGCUCUCUCGCUGGCAGAAGCUAACAUAUCCAUUUACAAAGGUUCUGUACGAAAUUGA